AAAAAGAAUUUCCGGAAUUCUUAUUCCUUUUAUAUUUUUCCUCUCCAAUUUUCCGUCAGUUUCCCGAGAAAAUGAGAGAAAUCCUUCACAUCCAAGGUGGCCAAUGCGGCAAUCAGAUAGGAGCCAAGUUCUGGGAAGUCGUAUGUGCCGAACAUGGCAUCGAUUCAACGGGUCGAUAUGGUGGUGACUCGGAGCUCCAGCUUGAGCGAAUUAAUGUUUACUACAACGAAGCCAGUUGUGGCCGUUUUGUUCCCCGCGCAGUUUUAAUGGAUCUGGAACCCGGAACCAUGGAUAGCGUAAGAUCCGGUCCUUACGGACAAAUUUUCCGACCCGAUAACUUCGUUUUCGGACAGUCCGGUGCCGGAAACAAUUGGGCUAAGGGACAUUACACUGAAGGAGCGGAGCUUAUCGAUUCCGUUCUCGACGUGGUUAGAAAGGAAGCCGAGAAUUGCGAUUGCUUGCAAGGGUUUCAGGUAUGCCAUUCUUUGGGAGGAGGAACGGGUUCCGGAAUGGGAACGUUGUUGAUAUCGAAGAUACGAGAGGAGUAUCCGGACCGAAUGAUGCUUACGUUUUCGGUGUUCCCAUCUCCCAAGGUUUCUGAUACUGUUGUUGAGCCUUACAACGCGACACUCUCAGUUCAUCAGCUUGUGGAAAAUGCUGAUGAGUGUAUGGUUCUUGAUAACGAAGCUCUCUACGAUAUCUGUUUCCGUACCCUCAAGCUCACUACUCCAAGUUUUGGAGAUCUCAACCAUCUAAUUUCUGCCACCAUGAGUGGUGUAACAUGCUGCCUUCGCUUCCCUGGUCAGCUUAACUCAGAUCUCCGCAAACUUGCUGUAAACCUUAUUCCAUUCCCUCGACUACAUUUCUUCAUGGUGGGAUUUGCGCCUCUCACCUCACGCGGUUCCCAACAGUACAGAGCCCUCACUGUCCCUGAACUUACACAGCAAAUGUGGGAUGCCAAGAACAUGAUGUGUGCAGCUGAUCCUCGACACGGUCGAUACCUCACAGCAUCAGCAGUCUUCCGUGGGAAGAUGAGCACGAAAGAGGUUGAUGAGCAGAUGAUCAAUGUGCAAAACAAGAACUCAUCUUACUUUGUUGAAUGGAUCCCGAACAAUGUGAAGUCCACUGUUUGUGACAUCCCUCCAAUCGGCUUAAAGAUGGCAUCCACAUUUAUCGGGAACUCUACUUCAAUCCAAGAGAUGUUCAGGAGGGUGAGUGAACAAUUCACUGCCAUGUUCCGCAGGAAAGCUUUCUUGCAUUGGUAUACUGGAGAAGGGAUGGAUGAGAUGGAGUUCACAGAAGCGGAGAGUAACAUGAAUGACUUGGUUUCUGAGUACCAACAAUACCAGGAUGCAACUGCAGAUGAUGAAGAGUACGAGGAAGAGGAGGAAUACGAGGCAGAGGCUUAAAAUCUAAUGGAAUAAUUUGGAUGUUUUUUGUUGUGUUUUGGAUUGGGCUUGUGGAGUGUGUUGAUGCAAUUUCUCACUGCCUGUUUUUGGUCUUUGGAUCACUGUAUUGUUGAUUGUGUCGACUUUAGUUUUGUCCUCACAGCUUACGGAGUAUAUGUUGUUGUAUUGCUUGUUGAUUCAUCUUAUAAGUAAUUUCUAGUACACCUUAAGUAAA